GAUUUGGGGCACCAACGCGCCGGAUGAGAAGGGCUACUACUUCUACAGCAUCAACACGCUUCGUUGGAGACCUCAGCCGCGCAUGAUAAUGCGGGGACAGGGAGAGGGGGCCGGGUCGGUAUUCAAGCUAAUAGCAAUAGAAAGAUCUUGCUGAAAUGGAACUGAUUUUGCAGAAAAAAGCAUUUUGCCCUCAUGAUGCUCCCAGAUUGCACUUAUGCAGCCAUUUUUUUGAUUCCUGAGCUGCCGCCGAACGCCUUUUUGCACCGCUGAUUUUGCCAUGGCUCGUGCUUCUGCGCUCUCCAAGGCUCUUGUGGCUGCCGGUGCUCUCAUGGCCCUGCGCCUUUUGUCCGGUGAGACCUUUGUGACACCUAAGCAACGAAACGAAGCAGCAGCGGCAAUGGCAGCUGCCAUGGUAGCAGCAUCUGCGCCAGCCAUGGCUGAGGUCCCCACUUUCUCCGUCUUCGGGUUUGGCAGCGGCCAGUCAGAUGCCUACAGCCAGAACGACAACCCGAUCAAUCCGUACUCCCAGUUCAGCGAUGGCAGCGACACAGUCUACCAGGCCAAGAACCAGCCUGAGAUGGAGAGGAGGACCAAGUCAUUGAAGGCAGGGCUGAAGCGUUUCGAGGACACUCCGGGGUACAUCCAGACCAAGCAGGCCCAGGCACUCAAGUCCAACCUCCAGGAAUCCAAUUCCUUGAGGCAGGACCUCCUGUACUUCUCUGGCGCAGAGGGUAGCCCAGCUUGGGAGAAAGCCCGCCAGUUUGUGCAGAAGGUUGGUACAAUGGGCGUUGAUGGCAACAGCAAGCAGUGGAAGCGAGCGGCCGAGGACUACAAGGAGGCCUCCAACAUCCUGGCUGAGUGGAAGAGUCUCGCAAGAGCUCAAAGGACGCCGUGUCCAUCCUUUCUUGUGGUGCGGCCAAACCGCUGCCAUGGUGAAACCAUGCGGCCACGUCCUGAGGCCCUGGUCACACCUACCAGUUCAGGGCCACCGCCUCAAGACCGAAGACCGAAGACGCCGCCCUCGUGAGGCCGUGAGGAGUUGACCCCGCGGGGAAGCGGGAACCACC